AUGUUUCAGGUUGACGGUAUUGCCGGAGCCAACGACCACACGCGGGAUUCCGAGAAGGAUGCCGCGCUAGCAAUGGUCAGCGAUGUGGCCCAGGAGAUCGAUCCAAUCGUGGCGAAAAGAGUUCUGCGAAAAAUCGAUCUCUAUUUCAUGCCCGCCAUGUUAAUCGGUUAUGGUAUGGUGUACUAUGACAAGGCCAUUUUAGGUAGUGCCUCUCUCUUUGGCAUGACCGCCGACCUAGCAUUAGAGGUCGUCGAUCAUUCCGCAUUUCCAGCCUUAGUCGACACCUCGCGUCUCAGCUGGGCAACGUCCAUUUUCUACUUUGGAAUGCUGGCUGGACUCUACCCGAUGACUUUCAUCUUACAGAAAUUUGAUGUUCGAUAUGUUCUCGGUCCUGUGGUUCUCCUAUGGGCCAUUGUUUGUGCGGCGACUGCUGGCGUGACAUCCUGGCGAGGUUUAUUUGUUCAGCGUUUCUUCCUUGGCGUGAUUGAGAGUGUCAUUCCGACUAGCUUCAUGACCAUUGUUAGCAGUUACUACACGCAAGAAGAGCAGGCUCUUCGACAAGCCUGGUGGUUCUCUGGCACCGGCUGGUUCACCAUCAUUGGUGGAGCACUUAACUAUGGAUUUGGUCAAAUUACAUCGGACUGCUUGACCAGAUGGCAAUAUAUCUACAUCCUUGCCGGGGCUAUGACAUUUUUGUUCGGCCUCUGGUGUUGUGCAAUGCCCAACUCGCCGGUAUCCGCCUGGUUCUUGACCCCGGAAGAGCGAAUUAUCGCCAUAGAGCGACUACGAAAGGGACAGACCGGCAUUCGCUGUCAGAAAAUCAAACUUGAUCAGAUCAAAGAAUCCUUUACGGAUAUCAAGGUCUAUCUUGUGGCUAUCAUGAUGGCGGCGGCAUACACCAUCAACGGAGCCAUCUCUGGCUAUGGGCCCCUCAUCGUUUCUACUUUUGGCUACGAUACCCUGGAUUCCAUUCUAUUCCAAUUCCCCGUGGGCGGCGUUUGUGUCAUAUUCAUCCCUCUAUGCGGAUACAUUCCGACCGUGAUUCCCAAUACACGCAUUCCCAUGCUCAUCGCGUGCUGCCUACCGGUUAUUGCCGGUUGUGCUAUGAUUUGGAAGUCGCAAUGGGGCUAUCAGCCAGCUACUCCAGUAGUCGGUUAUGCACUUACGGGAUUCUUUGGGCCAGUGGUUAGCCUGAUCAUUACAAUCGGGGCCAGCAACGUAGCAGGGGCCACUAAGAAAACGGUCAUGGCUGCCACUGUCUUUGUCGCUUAUACUGUUGGAAACAUCAUUGGGCCUCAGCUUAUCAAUAGUAGUACCAAGGCCCAGCACUAUCCAGAAUUGUGGACGGGCUUGAUCAUUUGCUAUUGUAUCACUAUUACCGCAGCCGUCGCUUUAUACGUAGUGCUCUGGAGGGAGAAUCGCUUGAGGAGCACAUUGGAGUUGGAUGAGGUGCAGCGUGACAAGAUUGCUUUUGAUGAUCUUACCGACAAGCAGAAUCCGUUUUUCCGUUAUGCUCUGUAGGGAACGGUGGAAGUCUUCACAAGUUUGGAAAGAGCGGGUCUCAGUGAAAGCCUCAG